AUGAAAUUUUCAGAAAAAUUCAAAAUUUUGAGUGAAAUUUCAAAUCAUUAUUUAGUGAGUGUCAAGGGAUUGAAUGUCAUUCAUGAAUGUUUAUUUCAUUAUGAGAAAUAUUUGAAAGAAUUCAAUGAUGAGAAGAAUAUGGAUCAAUCUCAAAUGAAAGAAUUCAAUGAUGAGAAGAAAUCUCAAAAAAGAAACAAACGUUUGACAUUUGGUUACACGUGUUUCGAUGAUGAUGAUGAAUGUGGUGAUGAAUAUGAUGAUGAACAUUCUAAUCGAUCAAAACAGAAUUCCAUGAAUUUCAACAUUUCUCAAGAAGAACAUUCCUUCAUUUAUUGUGCUCAAAUUAUUCCAUACUUUGCCUAUUGUCCACAAGUUCAUGAUUUACUUCGAAAAGAAGACGAUAAUUAUGCUAUUAGUCCUCUCUUUUUGAUUCGACUGAAGAGAAUUCCAUCAUCAUAUCUUCAUUUAUCACAACAACAAUCAUUACCACAGAAUGACAUUUUAUUACAACAUGACAUGGAGAAUUCAGAUUCCACUUUUCAUGCAACAUUGUCAGAUUCUUCCCUUCUUCAUAUUCAUCCCUUAGAAGGUAAACACACUUGCAAUGAAGAUUUCAUUUAUUUGAAAUUUGAAUAUCCUCAUUAUUCAACAACGAUGGCAUUGUUAGAUUGUGAGAUUUUGAAAUGGCAACAAUCAAAGAGUUCAUUUGAAUUUUGGGAUUGCAUGUAUGAACAUUUGAGGAAUUCCUUUUUAUCCAAACAUGGAAAUUCAUCCAAAAUGUCAACAAAAAAGAAUAACAACACUUCCUUUACUCCAGUGGCUUCACGAUUUGAAAAUGCCCAACUCGUAUUAAGAACUCUUUCCUUUGAUCCAAAAUUCAAAAUUGCAGGAGAGACCUUUCAAACUUUUCAUGAAAAAGAUCGAACCUUCUUUUUCCAUUCGAAAUUUUUUGAACGAUUGAGUGGAAGAAGAAAUAAUCCAUAUUUGGUUCUAUUCGAUGAUGAAACAGACAAGAAAUGUAAACAAGUGAAAAGCUUUUUCCAUCUUCCUGAAUAUUUAUUAACCUUUCGAAUGAGUUAUAACUUGAAACAUGGACCAUAUUUCAUUUCUUCUAAAUUAGCUCAACAAGUAAUGCCUAAAAUUGGAAACUUCAACGAAGGAUCUACUCCUCCUUCUUUAUUUAGAAUUGUUUGUAAUAACAAGCUUGGUUAUUUAUUAACAAGCAAUGAUCAGGAGGGAAAAUACGGACAAUCAUUGUACAAUUAUUUAAAAGCACAAGUGAAGGAAUUAUUUCAAGACAACAAGAAGAAACAUGAUCCUCGAAGGAUGAGUGAAUUUGUAGAUUUAUUUUGGAAUGUUUUACCUUUUUUGAACCAUCAAGAAGAGAGUAAUCAGGUCAACCCUCUCAACAACGAGAGUGAGUUUCGCUUAAUUGUCAUUCCAGAGUACACUCAUCAGAAAUGUCAUGUUUCCAUACCUUUCAAUGAUGACUUGUUCAAUCAAGUGUGUGAAGUGUUUCAUCAAUCUCCGUGUGCCUUCUUUGUGGAUUCCAUGUUUUUAAAACUCAAUGAGAGAGGUUGGAUAUUUGAAAAGACAUUAUUCACUAACACUAACACUACAAAAUCCAGCACGGAUAGUUCUCAACAACAACAACAACAACAACAACAACAACAACAACAACAACACUCAGAGUUUGGAAAAGUGUACAAGACCAACUCCAAAAGUGCAUUGAAAGAAUUGUUUUGGUAUCAAGUAACACAAAUACAGUUGAAAGUGAGAGUGAAUCAAGAGUAA